AUGAUUUCUCCUAAAGUCCGGGAAUUGAACUUCGACAUAGACCGCUACCUCAAUCGCGUAAUACCCCGCUCUCAGCUAUAUCGACUUCCGAAGCAGAUUUCCUUUCUCCUCGGACAUAGGACUUCCGUCCGCCAAGAGGUUGGCAACGUUUUAGUCUCGAUAUGGGCACUCGUAGGGGCAUUUUGCGGCCUGACAGUCGUCUCUUCCGUCUUCAGGUAUAGCUCGGUCAUCCAAGAGCACAAUCCGCCAGUGUUAGUGGCAAGUUUGGGAGCAGCAGCAAUCCUCCAUUACAAUGUCAUCCAGUCUCCGCUCGCACAGCCGCGAAACGCGGUCCUGGGAAACACCCUGUCGGCCAUCGUUGGAGUCGGAAUCACGAAGUUGUUUAUGCUCAGCCCUAAUUUUGAGAACAUCCGGUGGCUGGCAGGACCCUUAUGCUGUGGCCUCGCCUCGUGGAUGAUGACCAUGACGAAUACAAUUUAUCCGCCUGGAGGUGCUACGGCUGUCCUCGCCGCGACUGAUCCAACCGCUAACGCAAUGGGUUGGUUCUUUGUUCCGCUGGUCCUCAUCGGUACACUCCUUAUGCUCGGAGUUGCUCUCAUCAUCAACAACAUUCAGCGCCAGUAUCCUCUGUACUGGUGGACGCCGCGGGACGUUGGCCGACAAAAGAAGCCCGACAUUGAGCACAGUUCGAUUGAUAAGGAAAAGGAAACCAAGACGCGCCUGGGAGAAAAGGAUGGGGUCAAUAUGCAACAUCGUAUUAUAAUCACCGAAGACAACAUUGUGUUGCCGGAGAACUUCACAUUGGGCUCCGAGGAAGAACAAUUGCUGGAAGAAUUGCGGGACCGACUGCGCAACGCGGAUCCGCAGUACAAGUUGCAUAACCAUUCGUCUGUGUCGGACACGUACCAGACGCCCCAUUCGAGCCGGGAUAUCCUGCCCACGGACAAGUCUUGA